GGGCGCUCGAAUGGAGGAGAUGCUCCAAAUGUUGCGCUACUACGAGAAGGCGCGAUCGGAAGGAAUAGCCGCCGAGAAUCUGGAGUUAGAGGUGAGAUUUCUUCCCGCGAUCUGGUAUAAUCUUCGUUUCUUUCGUAGGCGCUGCUCUCCGCAAUGCGCCAGCAUGAAUCCAGAGCUACUAGUGAUGAUAUUUCCGGGACAAGGAAGCGAGAGGAGGAUGUGGAGCGGCAAGAAAUUCUUCCCAAGCCUUUCUUCGUUGUGAAGACGCUCAACGGGAAGAAACAGAAGGUUUUCAUCAACAUUUGUGGAUCUGACAAAACCAAUCGUGCAGAUUCCUGGGCCGGAGGAUUGGGAGGAAGGAAUUCCUCCAUCCGUGGAAGAGGCAUUAGCUUCCAAUGACGAAUCAGUUCACAACAUUCGUCUGCCGUUAAGCUGUUCCGACCCGCUCAUAUCUUCCGAUCAUUGUGGAAAACCGUGUCUUGUGCACGAUGUUGUCUACAACAUGUCCGUUGUGGAAGUAGCAAUGCGUGACAAAAGGCUGAAGAUUUUCAUGAUCGAUACAGCAAUGUCAUGGAUCGGACAGAAGUACAGCACUGAGCUGAGCUCUGAGUUUAAGCUGCCAAACAUGAAGUAUAAAGGAGAUUCAGUUCAAAAGCAGUACAUUCGUGCCGGUCCCAAGGGUCCUUUGAUCAGUGAAAUACCAGAUGUUGAGGCCGAAUUAGAACCGUCAUUUCCUUUGCUGGCAAAAAAAGAUCAGCUAAAAGCUGAUACCUUGGGUUCCAAACAGCAAGGAAGCUUUCGACAAGAUGAUGCACCUUCCAGUAACGUGCAAUCGGAGGUGAAAGCAGUGCAUUUGGUGACACAGACGAUUCAGAACGAGCGAUCGACACUGCCUCGAGUUUUGGAGAACAACGGUGAAACAGAUGAUCCGGCUACUUUGGCAAUGGUGAGCUUUGUCAGUGAAGAAGAUAUAGCAAGGACAGCCAGAAAAGUCGCGGAAGAAAACACUGGAGUUAACAGUAGCAGAUUAAUCACCUCGACGCCAAGUAAGCUGGACGAGCAGCAAACGAAGCCUGAAGUUUACGAAGAAAGGCCAGUUCCUUCAGCCGAUUGUCUCGAAAAGCCUCAGGUUCCAGCCAUACAGACCGAGUACCUUGGGCGUCCAGUGGAGUAUAUAUUCCUUCACAUCUCGUUUCCUCAAGAGGCAAACCUUGAGAACUUACAAGUUUGCUCGAGCAACACGGAAGUGUAUGUCGAGAUACCAAACUACGAAGCAAUGCGGGUCCCUCUCAUGUUUCCAGUAUCGCCAGAAAACGCUGAAGCAGAGCUAUCUCCAGACAAUGCCGUGGUAACGCUAAAGCUACCAUAUCUCGGCGUCAAGGGGCUAUACUGUUGCGGUAAUCGUUAGAGAUGGACGGCUGAGAUGUCUUCCACGGCUAAGGGCUCUUCCAUUCCGCUGGUAGCAGCGCUUGGACGCGACGGUAAUUCGAUGCUAUGAGCACGGCAGACGCAAGAUUCUUGCGGAAUUUGCAAAGAUGCCUGUCCAAGCGGCUCAC